UACAAUUAGAGCCUUAAGGGUAUUCUGAUAAUUACAAAAUGAAUAUUCCACGGAAUCUAUCUGAUUAUUUAUUUAUUUAUUUGUAUGCAGGCAUGCUUAAGUGACAUAAACCAACGUGCUCAGAAAUUUGUGUAUGCAAAUGGGAAGAAUCAUCAGCCAACUGCUAUAGAUUUCGACAAGUCCCUCUUGGAAGACUUCUUGUUCAACAGAACCCCUUCAAAGGACAUUGCACUAGCAUCAGUAUCAAUGAGGCCUGUGCCUUUUGGACCAGUGACAGAGAAGCUAUCACUCUCUGCGGCAAAGUACGGUUCCAUCUCGAGAUUCUACGUAAAAACCGAUGACGAUUUUGCCCUUCCCCGGCCCCUUCAAGAAUCCAUGAUACAAUCAAGUCCACCUCAGCAAGUGUUUGAAAUCAGAGGCUCCGAUCAUUCCCCGUUUCUAUCAAAGCCUCAAACACUUCACAGAAUUCUAACAGAAAUAUCAAACAUCCCACACAAGUAAACUCGAUUCGGAAACUUUCGAGGGGCAGAUUUGUAAUUUUAAGAAGUAGAGGGGAGGAAUGUGUAAUUAUUUUCAAAAAUAAACUCGAUUCGAGC